AUGGAGGACGGCGAAAUAGAAGAAGGAAUGAUAACGGCGGAGGAAAUCCCGACGUCGGAAGUAGCGACUGAAACAAUAGCACCACCGCGAGAGGCUGGGAAAUCUCCACUCGAGCUGCUCCGUGAGAGCAAAACCUCCGUGGAGGAAAUCGUCACUACGAUGCUCUCAAUCAAAAAAGAAGGAAAUCAAAAAUCGGAGAUUCGAGAACUCCUCACACAGAUGUGCCUCAACUUCGUUAAUCUUCGUCAGGCGAAUCGUUCGAUUCUGACGGAGGAAGACAAAGUAAAGGCGGAGACGGAACGAGCAAAGGCACCGGUCGAUUUCACGACACUGCAAUUGCACAAUCUCAUGUACGAGAAGAGCCAUUACGUCAAAGCUAUUAAAGCUUGCAGAGAUUUCAAAUCCAAGUACCCUGACAUCGAUCUCGUCCCCGAAGAAGAUUUCUUCCGCGAUGCUCCUGAAACCAUCAAAGAUCAAUUGCUCUCGACUGAUAGUUCUCAUGUUCUGAUGCCCAAGAGGCUCAAUUUCGAGCUCCAUCAGCGUAAAGAAUUGUGUAAGCAACGAGCGAGAUUGGAGCAACAGAAGAAGAGUUUACUGGAAACAAUUGCAGAGCGCAAGAAGUUCUUGACAAGUCUUCCUCUACACCUAAAGUCUCUAAAGAAAGCAUCACUUCCUGUACAGAGCCAGUUAGGUAUACACCACACAAAGAAACUGAAGCAGCAUAAUCUAGCUGAGCUGCUUCCUCCUCCGCUUUACGUAAUAUACUCACAGCUCUUGGCACAAAAAGAAGCUUUUGAAGAGAGCAUCGAAUUAGAGGUAGUUGGAAGCCUUAAGGAUGCUCAAGCUUAUGCUCGACAACAAUCGAAAAAGGACACAGGUGUGUCUAAUGGUGUAGAGAGUUCUAGGUUGGAGGAUGAUGGACCUGAUGAUGAUGAUGAUGGACAAAGGAGAAGAAAGCGACCGAAGAAAGUUACUAGCAAAGAAGGUUCUGACAAGGCGGGGUUAUAUCAAGCCCACCCUCUCAAGAUUGUUCUUAACGUAUAUGAUGAUGAUAUGAAAUCCUUGAAGCUUGUCAUUCUCAAGUUUGAGUACUUGCUGAAGUUGAAUGUUGUAUGCGUCGGCGCUGAAGGCUCUCAGGAUGGUCCAGAGAACAGUAUAUUUUGUAACUUAUUUCCUGAUGAUACUGGACUUGAUCCUCCUCAUCAGUCGACGAAGCUCGUCCUUGGUGAUGGUCAAGCAUUUGACGAGAGCCGAACUUCGAGGCCUUACAAAUGGGUACAGCAUUUGGCGGGGAUUGAUAUUUUGCCAGAAGUGUCACCGAUUUUAUUUGGCCAAGAUUCUCAAAACACUGAUUCUGCUAAAACCGAUGCGUUUGUGCCUGAUCUGUCAUUGUAUCGCCAGCAACAUAGGGUGCAAACAGUUCUGCAAAGAAUACGUGCGCGGAAAAAAGCGCAUCUGGCUCUUGCGGAGCAGCUUGGUAUGCUUAUGAAGCACCAUCUGCCUACUGUGAACUGCGAAGAUGCUCCAUGGGCAUUGCAUAAGGUUCUCUGUGCUUUGGAUUCCUGGUUGUUACAUACACUAUCUACAGCUAGUAAGUCGAGUCUGAAUAAUACCGAACAAGCUCCAGAGCCUAUGGAGAUCGAUGCAGAUGGAAGGUCUAUUUCUGGAAAGGAGGAUCUCGAAGGUAUACGGGAAGAUGGAGAACUUCCCUCUUUGGUCACAGCAGCUGCGGCUUCUUCGAUAACCAGUUCCAACCAGACCCCAUCGAAAGUAUCUAAUCUAGCACGGUCCAGGCAGUUGGCUCUGAUGACAAAGAACCUAGAUUCUCCAGUUAGCAAAGGGAAGUCGCUGAGUUUCAAGAAAUACGAAGAUGAUUUGGAUCUUGUUCUGCAUGAUGAUAGUGAAUUAGAUGAGCCGGCAGGAACAACCGAUGCGGAUUUGGAAGCGUUUUCCCCUGAGAAACCUGAUAAUUCAUGGGUGGAUUAUGGCGCGAGAGAGUUUUCGCUUGUGUUUUCCAGGAAAACAAAUGGUGGAAAGUUGUGGAAGUUAGAAGCAAAGGUACUGAUUAGCAUGGAGUAUCCUCUUCGACCUCCUUUGUUUUCUCUGUCUCUCCAUGCUUCUUCUUCUUCCGGAAACGACAAGGGGACAAAUGAAAGUGACCAUUACAAUGAACUACGAGCUAUGGAAGCAGAGGUGAAUCUUCAUAUGUUGAAGAUUGUACCUCCAGAUCAAGAAAACUAUCUCCUAUCUCAUCAAAUCAGAUGCUUGGCAAUGCUGUUCGACUAUUACGUUGACGACCCUUCUCCAGAUUCAAAAAGAGGAACAGCCACAAGUGUGGUUGAUGUGGGUUUGUGCAAGCCUGUAGACGGUAAGCUUCUUGUGAGAUCAUUUAGAGGCAGAGAUCACCGGAAAAUGAUCUCGUGGAAGGAUAGAGGAUGCGCUUCGGGAUAUCCAUGCUAG